AUGGGUUUACCAAUAUUUUUCAAGCCUUCGGAGCCUGAUUCCUCAUCAAAUUCGACAGAAGAUCCCACUUCUCGCGCACGAUCUACCAUUCGAGGUCAUGCUCCCAUUCUUCGAAGUACUUUGCGCAAUCCUUCCUCGCGUGCUACUAACCGUCCGCGUGUACAUAGCGCACGGAGGCGGGCGCCCACAGAUGAUGUUGAACAACAUCGUUUUUACUACAGUUCUGAUCCAUAUCGUAGUGUACUCAUCGCUGCUCCUUCUAGAUCUUCAAUAACAACAACAACUAGCGAUGCAAUGGGACAUGCGAGGAGAAAUGAUUCAUCGUCACCAGAAAUUCCAAUAAUAACAUUUAGGCCGAGUGCCUUCACAGAUUUUAUCAAUGCCAAUGAUAAUUAUGAUGAUGAGGAGGACGAGGAUGAGGACGAGGACGAUGGACCACCGAUGCCCGCUGUUCCAGAAUCCAGAGAUUUCUCCAAUCCUUCAAAUAUAGAGUCGCGAGAUUCUUCAAGACGUCAUCAGCGAUCGAUCGAUACUCCAUUAUUUGGAGCUCACGGCAUACCUCUCGCCUCUCUUCUCUCUCAAACAUCUUCGAUUCCAGAACAGCGCUCUGGGGUAGUAUCCCCCACUCGAAUUGAUGCCAGAGACACGAACCGCAAUAAUGCAUUAGCAGAACGUCUCGGUGAAACAAAUUCACAAGAUUUCUUGGCGCAGAGGCAUCAGGUGAGACGGCGAGAUAUAGCAGCAGAUCGAGACCGGCGCAUUCAGCGACGCAUGCGUGGAGAGCGACGCAGUCUUGAUGCCACGUUAAGACAAGAACUAGUUCAACACCCCCGCCAUCACGAUGCGGUCGAAUAUCGACAGCGAUUCUAUAGCCAUGAAGCACGACGCAUCAGCGAUUUUAGAGAACAAUUGCGGAUCAGGGAACGAAUUCGAGCUUCUAGAGAACGAAUGCAGGAUAAUAGAGAGUCCACUCCCGCCAGAACCGAAGGGCUAUUGCAAGGUCUUCGAGAAAUUGUAGACCGGUCCGCUCGACCUAGAUCUGAAGAUCAACUGCUUGCUGAGGUAGAGCGACCUGGAAUACAGAGAGAGGGACCUCUAGCUGAUGAAGCGCAACUCACGUGGUACGCCCACUCUGGCCGUGGAGAACAGCAGACCAACACGCCGCACAGUGAAAUAGAGCAAACAGAUCCAUCAAUUACUUCUAGUUCCAUAGAGCGGCAACGAUUUGCAUCAUUUGAAAGGAUGCCUAAUCAUCUCGAUGUUGAGGGUAACGGACUAGAAGCCACCCAAUCUAAUACAUCACCGCAGUCUGUGGAAGGAGGAACUUUCAGAAUAAACACCAAUUAUGACGGCCUCGGUGAUCGAGAACGUAGCAUUGAGUUUCAGGAGCCAGAGAGGGGACACGGAGAAUUUGAUGACCAUUACUUCAUAGAUAAUGUUGAGCAACUCAACGUUAACGACCGUAGUGACUUGAGGCAUGAUUUAGAUCUAGAAGGUCAAGAGUCAUGGGAUAGUAUCGUGAUCACGCCAGAUCCACAAUCACCAAAUCCGUCAUCUUCAUUUGCUUCAACCGCUGCGUCUAGCUCACAACGACCUUCUCUAGGAACCUCUGUCAGUAGUGUGCCCGAGAAUGAGUCUCUUACGAUUGGUAAUUGCGACAAUCAAUCAGAUGUAACAAGCGACGAUGAGGCACUUGUCGCAGCUAUGGAAAAUUUCGAACGAUAUACACAAAAUCGCCCAGGCCCUGCAUAUGCUGAACAACCUAUCGGUCAACAUAGAGCAUUCGCGGGGUGA